GUGUUCCGAUACGUCUGAGGCACGCUAUCUAAUGCUAACUUUUUUCUCCUUGUCUCUUGUUCAGACUAAGUCUCACUUUUCCUCGCUGGCAAAAAAAUUUUAUAGGAGAUUUUUUUUCUUCAACUCAGAUCAAGGUGAAAGGAUGGACGGGCUUUCCAAAUUUCUUGUGUUUAUUUGGAUAAAGAUUAGCUGUUGAGGAGAAGCAUAAGUCCCUUAGAGUUCCAGAAUGUCCACAGACGAACAAGCACAGCAAAACAUCCUCAAGCAAGUUGAAUUCUACUUCUCUGAGUCCAACCUCCUCAACGACAAAUUUCUUUUCACCACACAAAACGCUAACGAUGGUUGGGUUCCUAUCCAAACUAUUUCGCAAUUUGAGAGAAUGAAGAAGUACAGACCAAUCGAGACAAUCGUUAACGCACUCAGAAAGUCGGAAGAGCUUUUGGAAGUUUCUGAAAACGGCGAAAUGGUCAGAAGAAAAAUUCCAUUGCCAAAGAACUACAACGAAAUUCAGCUAAACAUCAAUAAAAGAUCUAUUUUUGUUGAGAAAUUGCCUGAGGAGGCAACUUUGGACGAUCUCCUAAAGUUCUUCACCGACAUUGCUGCUGUCAACCAAGUCAGAAUGAAGAAGAACAAGGAGAAGAAAUUCAUUGGUUCAUGUAUUGUCGAAUUCAAAAAUCCUCAAGACGCAGAAAAGGUGUUGAAUGGCGAAAACAAGCUUAAGUAUGGUGAAGUCGAGUUAGACAUCAUUAGCAAAACUGCCUACGACGAAAGCAAGGCCCAAAAGUUCGGUGAAAGAAGAGGUAACAGGGGUAACAAGAACAAGAGAAGAGGAAGAAGAGAUUCCAAGGAUGAGUCUAAGGAGGAAUCCAAGGAGGAAGCAAGAAAGAGAGAUGCAUCUCCAGUCAGAGAAGAGAAGUCAGAGAAAGAAAGAGAUUAGGCGUCGGUGCUUCCCUUUUGCACACUGGGUUCAUCCUCCAUUGUAUUGUACAGAAUUUAUGUGCUCCAAAGUGUCUGCCGAUCUAUAUAUGCCCUUAUGUAUCUGCGUAUUUCUUGUAGUGUAAUAAACCUAACCUAAUAUCACUUCGA